AUGUUAAAAUUAUCCUUCACUCCCUUGUCAACAACCUUUCCCACCAAAAUCAUACCUCUAAGACUCUUAAAAUCUAUCAUAAACACAUCGUCUCAAGCCCCACAAACUGUUCAACAAAAUGACACAACCAUGUCCACCAAUAAACCGCUGCACAAGCUGCCCCCUAAGUCAGCCUACAUUCACCUCCCAUUCUGUAGAAAACGAUGCCACUACUGUGACUUCCCAAUUAUCGCUCUUGGAUCCUCCUCUGCACCAGAGGAGGACCCGCGAAUUUUAAACUACAUUCAAACUCAUUGCAGAGAAAUUAAAGCCGCCUCAUUGAAUUCAAACCCCAACCCAUCUCUUGAAAUGGUAUUUUUUGGUGGUGGGACACCUUCUUUGGUUUCUUUGGUGCUUGAAACUUUGAGUUUCAAAUUCGGAGUGUCUUUGGAAGCUGCGAUGUCAAUGGAAAUGGACCCUGGCAUGUUUGAUGGGGGGAAAUUGAAGGAGUUGAUGGAGUUGGGGGUAAAUAGAGUGUCCUUGGGAGUGCAAGCUUUUCAAGAUGGUCUGUUGAAAGCUUGUGGGAGAGCUCAUGGUGUGAAAGAGAUUUAUAAGGCUAUUGAUAGUGUGAAGGCCUGUGGGGUUGAGAAUUGGAGUUUGGACCUCAUAUCUUCUCUUUCUCAUCAAACACCAGAAAUGUGGGAGGGGAGUUUGAAGCUGACAAUCCAGGCGCAUCCUACCCAUGUCUCAGUUUAUGAUUUGCAAGUUGAGAAAGACACCAAAUUUGGAGUAUUGUAA